CUUGUGUAAAAUUAUUGAAAAUUUAUCUCGAAUUUUAUCAUGGACGACUGUCUCUAUGUUGGCAAUCUUUAUUCCACUGAAGAGGAGAAGACAACUGUGCUCUCUGAUGCUCAGAAGGAAGUAAUCUGGGAAGAAAAACAGCGCACAUUUGACAUCGCUUCCAUCCUCCCUUCCUUAUCUCUUAAAUAAGGAAUUAUUUGUGAUACAUAGAGAAGAAGACAUCACUCAGUAUUAUGAAAUCAUCCCAGAUGUUAUAGGCCAAGGAUUUUUCGGCAUUGUCCGCAAAGGCAUUGAUAGAGAAACUGAUGAAAUCAGAGCAAUAUAAAGACUAUUGAUAAGUCAAAGAUCAAGAAUAAAACAAGAUUACUUAAUGAACUAAGCACUUUGAAAACCCUUGACCACCCAAACAUAGUAAAACUAUUCGAGGUGUAUGAGGAUGACGAGAAUAUCCAUCUUGUGAUGGAAUAUUGCUCCGGUGGAGAACUAUUCGAAGCCAUCCUGAAUCAGAAACAAUGUGAUGAAUAUAAAACAUGCCAGAUUAUAAAGCAGAUUCUUCAUGCUAUCCUAUACUGCCAUAAAAAUGGUAUCUGACAUCGUGAUAUCAAACCUGAUAAUUUCAUGUUUCAUUCUACAGAUGAAGGGAGCAAUCUGAAAUUAAUAGACUUUGGCUUAGCCACUUCCUAUUACAGGAUUAGUGACCAAGGAGAAGGCAAAUACGUCAGACUUAUAUCUACAGUAGGAACUUGCUUCUAUAUGUCUCCAGAAAUUAUAAAAGGAGAUUAUAAUAACUCUUGCGAUAUAUGGGCAGUUGGGGUUAUCCUAUACGUUAUGCUCUCUGGACAGCCUCCUUUUGAUGGAGACACUGAGAUAGAGAUUCUAGAGUCAAUUCUUAAAGGAGAAUAUGACUUUAAAGCUGAAAUUUGGAGAUACAUUUCUCCAGAAGCAAAAGACUUAAUCUCAAACCUAUUAACUUCUGAAGAUAAUCGUUUAUCAGCGAAGGAAGCUUUGAAGCAUCCUUGGUUUAAGAAAUUUGAAUCUGAAAUGAAUGAGAAUAAAAAUAUUCAAGAGGACAUCUUAUUCAAGCUGAAAGAAUUCCAGAAUCUCAAACACUUUAAAAAGUGAAUCUACACAUUUAUGGCAACUCGAGCUGGAGAUGAAGAGAUCCAUAACCAAAUGCAGGUAUUUAAAUAAUCUUGACAAGAAUCAUGAUGGAUAUAUCACCUGUUCUGAGUUGAAAGCAAGUAUGAAGGACUAUCUUUCUCCCAAAGAAAUUCAUAAAAUUCUCGAAUCUGUAGAUACAGACAAAAACGGGGCCAUUAAUUAUAAUGAAUUCAUCACUGCAACUCUAGGUAAGAGAACGAUACAGAACAGAAAGAGGAUUAUCAAAGCCUUUGCACUCUUAGAUGUCAACAAUGAUGGAGUCUUAUGCAAAAAGGAUCUCCAGCUCUUGGCUAAAAAGAAAUAGCUUAGAAUUUGUAACUCCUGAGCUUCUGGAAGAAAUUUUACAAGCAUGUGAUUAUGACAAUGACGGUAAAGUUACCCUCGACGAAUUUGAAAGAUGCUUGAGAAGUGAAACUUGCGACUCAAGAUAAUUAUAAACUGCAUAUUUGAAGUACUUUGGCCCUGAAAGCUAAAUCCUUAUUUAAGACAUUU